UGCUGUUGCCGAUACUUCGAGUCAACGACUGCGAGGAUCCGAUCCCGAGCCCGGCUUUUUAAAUCAUAACCAAAAACCAAAUUACAAGAGUGCAAACGUCUGAGAUUAGUGUUUAUAAACAUCGAUGUGUUAUCGUCAUUAUAACGCCAGAAGCAUUGGAAUCACAACCUACUUAUAACUUGGUGUAGUGUAUCAUGGUGGCUAUUAUACUACAGACAAGACUGUAAGCUGAACUCCGGAAUAGCAAUGGCACCUAAAUUGUUGAGGAUUACAAUUAUUCACGUCUUAUUGUGGAACAUUAUAUUUUCUUUAUCUGAGAGUAUUGAAUUAAAUGAAGACAGUAAAUUAUUAUCAAAUAGUUUACGCGAUCGAGUACGGUACACAACACAUAUUUGUGAUCGUUUGAAAAAUUCACCACCGGUUGUUAAUCAUAACAACUAUGAACCUCACUCAGAUGGAGUUGAUAAUUUUGAAAAUCCGGGCUUAGCUAAGGAUUUGAAUGAACCAUCAAAUCCCGUAAAACGGCAUGCUAUCAUACGAUGCUAUAACCGCCUCCCUGCACAGGAAAAUAACGAACCUAAUAAGCCAGAGAUAAUAACAAGCGAGUGGCAAAUGAAGUCUACUCCUGUAAACAACGAGCAUGGCGAUUCGUAUGACCAUUCGAUGGUUCAAAAAUCAAAAGUUGUAGGUAUAAAAGAAAUUGACUUUAAUUCACAGAAAGUGAUUGAUCAAGAACCGUUGUAUCAUACAGUACCAUUUUUACAGAAAGGAAAUCUUAUUGGCAAUAAUCCGAAACACUCACUACUUCAAUUAAGUUUACAAGAUUCGAAAAAUAAAAUAAAAUCAUUAAUUUCGACGCCGCAACACAAGUUAGGCGAAAUAAUAUCAGAUAAAUUAGUCGACGAAAGUCUACAUAACAAACUAGCCCGGCCGUCACUGACUCUCCCAUCACCUCCCAAAUUUAUUAAGUAUCCCGUGAUUAAUCCAUUGAUACAGCCACCUGAAAUACUUACUAAUGUUGAUACACCUGGGUUAAUAACAGAUAGUGACAAGCAGAGUAACCCGUUAAAACCGUCUCCCCUUUUACCAAACAUACCGAAUAAUAAUUUUUACCACAAAGAUUUGACAGUUGAAAACAAACCAUUUUUGUCUCUUCCAUCAAUUCAACUCAACAAGCCGAAACCUGUAGACAUAUUUUAUGACAGACGUGUACCACCUAUCGUUUAUCGGCCUACAGUUUCUCAGUACGUGCAAACUCCUGUCAUCAAACCAAUACUUCCACCAAUUCUGGUGCAAAAAGAAGUAUCGUAUCCUUCAAAAAACGAACAAGCACAGGCCAAUAUUGGUUUGCAAUCACAAUAUCCUAAAAUAAUCAAGAACGGCAUUGCUGAAUUAACGUCUCAACCAAUCCUAAUUGAAAAAGAAAAUCCAAUAUUAUCUUUCCCACUUAAAAAACCACAGGAGUUAAUUGGUUCGUCACCUACUCAAUUUGUAAAGACUUCUGAUAUAGAAACAUUUAAGCCAAUUACAAUCGAAAAAAAAGUUUCAAUAUAUUUGCCAUAUAAAAAACAACAGGGAUUAAUUGAUUUGUCACCGCCUACCCAAUUUACUUCUGACACAGAAACGGCACAUAAACCAAUUACGAUCGAAAAAGAAGUACAAAUAUCAGAGCCAAAAGAACAAAAACAACCUAUAGUCGAUUUGCCACCACAAGCUCCACAGCUUAUAAAUACUCCUGUCAAAGAAUCAAUAUAUCAGGAAACUCCAGGGCAAACUAUAGUAUCAGUAAAUGUGCCGUACGAGGAAAAACCAUCAAUAGUUGGUUUGACUUCACCUCCUCGGAUAACCGAGCCUUUCAGCAGUGAAUCAACAUCACAAAUAAUGCCCAGUGAAAAUGAAUUUUCAAUGUCCAGUGCGUAUGAACAACAACAGCCAAUAGCUAAUUUUUCGCCACCUCCACCUCCACAACUUCAACAAAUUAAAAUACAAAAGGAAAUAUCCAUACCUUUAUCAUAUCAACAACAAAUGGAUGUUGCACCUAUAAAAGUAGUCAAAACUAUCAACACUGAAUUAAUAUCUCAAAAAAAAAAUGCAUUUUAUAAUCAACAACAACCAAUAAUUUUGCCAUCGCCUCCUCCACUAACCAAGACUACAACUUUGGCUAUUAAUUAAAAAUACAUUUUAGUAAUAAAUAUAAAUAUAUUAAUUAAUUUGUCACAAUUUUCAAAAUAUCAAUAUUUUUGAUUUGAAUCACUAUGUCAAUCUAUUCCAAUAGAGAAAAAUGUAUUAAUGUUUACACGAGUUUGUAUUACAAAUCUUAAUCAGUUAUUAUUAGUUUAGGCAUUACUCAUCACUUACAAAUCUAACCAAGAUUUCAGCAAUCAGAGAACAUUUAAAAUAAAAACAUUUGUAUAACUUGUAAUAUAUAAAAUAUUUAUAGAUUUCAAUUUUUGAACACGUUAUACGUUUAUAAUGUAUUACCUACACACUUUUAUAUAAAUUGUUGUUUAUGGAGCAUUA